AUGUGUCCGCCUUAUAAAUUGAGGCAUAUUUGUAUGGAAUACAUGGCGGAUAAGAUCCACUCGACCGCUAAUCAAGCUAAAGACACUGAAGACAUCGGAGUAAUUCUUCGAUUCAUGUCGUGGAACGUUGAUCGUCUCACAGAGAAGCUCCUCGAAUCCAGAAUGGUCGCAAUUCUCAACAAAAUUAAACAACUCAAACCCGAUGUUGUUUUUCUACAAGAGAUAACCGACCCCGUUUUGAUGUCCAUUUACGACGUUUUUCUAGACGAUUUCCUCGUGUACAAACCUGAAACGAAUUACCAUUACUUUGUAAUUAUGCUAGUCAGGCAGGCUACCUUUUCUAAUGUGACUUUUGAGACUAUAAGCUUCGAGAACUCAAAAAUGGGGAGGAAUUUUGUGCGUUGCAAUGCAGAGUACCUGGGAAUGCCAUUAACGUUUCUCACAACUCAUCUUGAGAGCAAAAAACCGAACGCAUCAACCAGAAUUGAGCAGUUGCAGCUGUGCGUGAAUGAAUUGACAGGCAACAGUGGAUCUGAGUUCAGACUUCUGGCUGGCGAUCUGAACCUGAGAGACUAUGAGCUACACAAAGUGCAGAACAUGGGCACUGUCAAGGACGCCUGGAUUGAAGCUGGUUCGGUGAAAGAGCAUCAGUAUACCUGGGACAUGUCUAUCAACGACAACUUGCAAGACACGCCAAACAAGCCUCUCGCUUGGAAGUGUCGCUUCGACCGAAUGUAUUACAUAUCCGAAAAGCACAAGUCAGAGCCAGGUACUUGCUGUUCAUCGAAACAGACAGAAGCGAAGGAUCGAUUCGAGCUGAAAAAAUUCGAACUUAUUGGAAUGGAGAGACUUGCGUGUGGAUUGUUUACAAGCGAUCAUUUUGGAAUGUGGGCUGAAUUUAAGGUCAAUUUAACGUAG